AGCAUAUUCGAGGGCGUUCCAUAUCGCCCCUUGCCUCGCUGCCUUCAAGCGCGGUGAGCCGCGAUCCUGUGCGUGUCCCUGUUUCAAAUGUCUCCAUUUGGCCUGAUGAACAAAGCGGUGAUCCACCAAUUCAUGGACUGGUCUGUUGCGGUGGUUCGUUCGAUUGUGUCGCCCUCGCCCCCCCCCUUGACCUGCUCGAGCUUUUCUGUCUGGCUCGUCGCUUGGUCUGGACGAAUCCCUCUCUGCCUCCGUCAGCUCUGAGCGCGAUGCUGGGGAAGGCGAUGAUGCACCCGCUGCUCCUGCUGCUCGUCGGCAGCUUGUUCAUUCGACGCUGCACUUCCCAAGUGAUUCAGUACUCCACCACGAGCCCUUGGGUUAUCGGUAACAGCUACACUGUAACCGCAAGCUCAAAUCCGCCUCCGCUGCCUUCAGGUCCCAAUGGCACUGUUGUUGUGGCAGACGCAAUCUUUGCAAUCGAUUUGUGGUCUGUAUCUGGUUCAUCCAACGGCCGAUAUUCGCUCACGGAUCCAAUAUUGGAUGGUCCUCGGAUCCAGGAGUCAGUAGUUGUCACAGUCCCUUUGGGCAUCCAGCCAGGAAGCUAUUAUGUUGGCCUUUGCCCUGGUGGUAGUAUUUCCAUAUGCAACACUGAUGGAGCUCAAGUCGUCGAGGUGGUCACCUCCAUCACCACCACCACCACCACUACCACCACCACCACUACUACUACUACCACCAUCCCCAAGCCCCCCUCCACCACCUCGGACGCCAAGAACCCUCAAACCGGCGGCGCUCCUCCUUCUGUUGUGACCACCAGCCACCAAAGCAUCGUCACGGCGCCGCAGAUCCAGACCACGGGCAAUGCCUUCCUCCCUGCCACCACCGUCGGAGUCGGCCGAGGUGCCGUCACCACCAACGGCGGCUUUCCGCUUGCACCAACCUCGGCCACUUCGGGCUCGUCAACAAGCUCGACCAACGGCUCGGCCAACAGCUCGGUCCCCAACUCGAUCAUCAUCGCUGCCGGCGCUGUCGGCGGAGGAAUAGUCCUUGUUGGAGUGUUUGUCGCAUGCAUCCGAGCCCAGAACAAGAGUCUCGCGGCCCAGAUCAACCGAGAGGCCCAGAUCAACCGAGAGGCUCAGAUCAACCGAGAGGCUCAGAUCAACCGAGAGGCACUGGCCAACAGAGAGGCACUGGCCAACAGAGAGGUGCCUCCUGUUGUCGUUGUCGACCGACCCGAUCGUGCAGACCACCCGCAGCCCGACCAGCUCAAAAUUGCGAGCCGCUCGCAGCCCGAUCGCCCUGAAGCAUUCUCGGCCAGUGAAAAGUACCGUGAGGCAUUCGGGAACUUUGAUGCCGCCACGCAGUCGUCGACCCCUGCACCUCGCUCAGACACAACAGCCAGCGCCGUCACUUCCCCCAGCUCCAAAGUCGACUCGAUCCACCCUCCUUCGUACGAGAGUGUGGCCUCGUCCCCGGCCCUGGCUGCGUCCCCGGCCCUGGCUGCGUCCCCGGCCCUGGCUGCGUCCCCGGCCCUGGCUGCGUCUCCAGCACCCGGCCGGCUCUCGACCCUCAGCUCGAGUGCGUCGUCGCCGGCCGUCGUUUCAGCCAUCCCAACCAUCCCCAAGCUCGACUUCCGCGAGGUCAUCCAGGCUCGACCGGCCGAGCAGCCCGACGAGCUCGACAUUGCCGUUGGACAGCGAGUCGUUGUGCUCCAGGAGCUGCCUGACGGCUGGGCCCUGGCCGAGAGCGAGACCGGGCAGCGAGCCUAUGUCCCGCUCAACCACCUGAAGAAGUGCUCGUGAGGAGCAAUGGCUGCCAAGUGAGGGGCGAGCCACUUGAUGUGUCGCAUGGAGCUGUCGCAGUGGACAUCGUUGUCGAUGCAUGCCAAUGCAUGUCAGUUCGUGCCGAUGCAUAUCAGUUCAAUGCAUGUCAGUCUCGGACGAGGAUCUAUUGCAGACCGGUGACUUGCCAUUCGGCAUCCAUUCGACAUCCAUU